CUCGCCAUUGGGGGACCGGGAUGCGAGCGAGUGGAGCGCCGGGGGAGGAAGCGAAGGUGCAGGUCGGAGAGGCCGGGCUAGCCGAGCCCAUUGCGGGAGCAGCUGCAGCGGCUAGGCAGCAUCCAGUGGCGUGCCAGGCGGUCCAGCCCGUUGCUUUACUUUUUGCUGCACCAACAUAGUCAUUAUGCCGAAGAGAAAGUCUCCAGAGAAUACAGAGGGCAAAGAUGGAACCAAACUAACCAAACAGGAGCCCACACGGCGGUCAGCCCGAUUGUCAGCGAAACCUGUUCCGCCAAAACCCGAGCCUAAACCAAGAAAAACAUCUGCUAAGAAAGAACCUGGAGCAAAGAUUAGCAGAGGUGCCAAAGGGAAGAAGGAAGAGAAGCAGGAAGCUGGGAAGGAAGGUACUGCACCAUCUGCAAAUGGUGACACUAAGUCUGAAGAGAUCCACAUCUCUCGUUCAACUGUUAAUGUCUCAGCCUGCAGAAGCCCCCCACCCAGCACACUGUCAGUAAAGGGGCAGAUUGAAACAGUGAGAGUUAAGGAGUUGAAGUGUGUUUCCAAGUAGACCUGGAAGGAAAACAAGAGGCCAAAUGCUCAAAAGUGUGUUUCCUGGUGGGUGGGCUUUCCUCUGGUUAACUUGUUUUAGUGGUGACUAUAUAUUGUUUUCUUUCUUUUCUUACUCACAGGCACAGAGAACUGAGUCUUUAGAGAACGAGGGAGAAUGAAUUGUCUUGGAAAACUGGGAUUGAUUUCACGUACCUCUUGGGACAACUUUUAAAAGCUAUUUUUACCACGUAUUUUGUAAAUGCUAAUUUUUUAGGACUCUUAUUAGUUGGCAUAAAAUAUAUAUAAAGAUGGACAUUUUAUCCUCUUAUGGUGAUGUUUUUUGGAAAUUUCCAUCAUUCUCAAGUAAAAUAAACACCAAUUUAAUAUCGGAAGCUGUGUGUAAAAUGGAUUCAGCAUUCCAUGCCCUUGCUUUAAAAGUUUAGUCCUGUGCAUACUGUGGUGUUUUUACUGUGCAUAGUUGAAUUUUUCAUGCAAUUUUUCUAGAGCAAUAAUCAGUGGUGCUUUUGUGCCUAGGUUUUAUGUGAUUUAAUGAAAUAUGGAUAGUUGUGGCCACCUGCUGACUAUUUGUGGUUUAAAAUAAAAGUUUUCUUGUCUGCAAAAUA